AUGGCAGCAAGCUUAGCCCAUCCAUCAGUGGCCGAGUCGCGCCAGUUUAUGCAGAAAUGGACCGAGGAGGGUCUCACGAUCCUCGGGCCCUGCCCACCCCACUUAAAGCAGGACACGAUCAAAGUGCCCCUGCCAGACGGGACAACUUCGAGGAGCAUCGUUGUCUGGCCGGCCGAUACUACAAAUGACACAAGAAAGCGACCCCUAGUCGUUGUUUUCCACGGUGGCGGCUGGGUCAUUGGCGGCCCCGAGUUUGUACUCAGCCCGGCGCGAGGCUAUGCCAGCCUCCUUGGCGCGAUCGUUGUCUGCCCUACCUACAAAUAUGCUCCAGAGGAGCCCUUCCCAGCGCCAAUGCACAGCGCAUACGACAUUGUCGCUUGGCUCUCGCACCCUGAAAAUCUCAAUGAGGGUCCUCUUAGAAAUACAAACAUCGAGUUCGACCCCAGCCAGGGUAUUAUUCUGUCAGGAGUCAGUGCCGGUGCCAAUUUAUCGGCCGUCGUUGCUGGCAUCUCUGCGGCAGACGCAGUGGACAAGUCGUCGAAGCUCACCGAGGGCCGUGCCGUCAUCGAGCAUCCCGUCACCGGUGUCUUUCUCUCGAUUCCCCUCCUAUUCCAUGAAAGCAACUUGCCAGCAAAAUACGCGUCCAUAUGGACGUCCCGUGUAGAGCACGCCGACGCUCCCGUGGUCUCUGCGGAGGCUUUGGAAGUAACCGAUUCAAGACUCAAGCCUGAUUAUCAUUCGCCUUGGUUCUCGCCAAUAAACCUCGAUCUCGCCAAGAUUGCGGGGCAUCAUGCACCCAGGGUGUACUUCCAGGCCGGACAGCGCGAUAUUCUCCGCGACGAUGCAGUCGUCUACGCCAAGGUUCUGGAAGAAAAAGGUGUCGCUGAGACACGAAUCGAUAUCAUCCAGAACAUUGAUCAUGCCGGCUGGUGCACGAUUCCUCAUCCCGAUACGCACAGUGAUGAGAUGCGAAUCAAGUCUCUGGAUGGAAUGGCCUGGUUGCUGGGCAAGGAGUGGGACAAGAGCAGUGAGCUUCCAUAUUGA